ACAUAGUCUUUGAAUAGGAAUUCAUAACACAUUCAUGACUUAAAUUUAUUCCGGUGUCAUUCCAAAUUUUUAAUUUUAUUUCCAAUAUGCUUAAAUUUUCUAGAUAUUCGCUUUUAUCCAAGCUAAAUUUAUUCAAAUUAACCACCCGUGAGUAUUGCGGAUCGGACGACUGCGAGAAAUCAGCCUUCGAAAAUAUUAAAACAUUGACGCCCCAGGGGAUUUCUCGUUUAACAAACCUGUUUCAGGAAGACAAGAACGAGAAUAAAGUAAAUUUAGGAAUAGGUGUGUAUCGAACCGAAGAAAACAAACCUUACAUUUUGCCGGUUGUAAAAAAAUGUGCAUUAGAAUUAGUUCAAGAUCCAAAUUUAAAUUUUGAGUAUCUACCCGUAUUUGGGAAUCCAGAGUUUACAAAGGCGGCUAGCGAACUCAUUUUAGGGAAGGACUGCAAGGCAAUUGAAGAAAAUCGCAUUGUAGGAGUUCAAACUAUUUCAGGCAGCGGUGCCCUUCGAUUAGCUGUUGAAUUUAUAAGCCAACAUUUAAAGAAACGAACUUGUUACAUGUCUGAUCCUACUUGGAAGAACCAUUCACUUAUUUUAAAACAUGCUGGCAUUAAGACCCUAAAGGGUUAUCCCUAUUGGAAUGAUGCAAAACGAAAUAUUGAUAUAUCCAAUCUAUUGGCAGCCCUUAAUGAAGCGACGGAGGGCGAUGUUAUAUUGUUGCAGCCUUCAGCACACAAUCCGACUGGAAUGGAUCCUACUAAAAGACAAUGGAAGCAAAUAGCCCAAGUUAUAAAAGAACGCAAUCUCUUCCCAUUCUUCGAUGUUGCGUAUCAAGGAUUUGCAAGUGGCGAUCCGGAUCGCGAUACCUGGGCAGUUCGAUACUUUGUCAAAAAGGGCAUGGAAACAUUAAUAGCACAAUCUUUUUCCAAAAACAUGGGCCUAUACAAUGAGCGCGUUGGCAAUCUGAUAUUCGUGUUGAAGGAUGCAAAUCAUAUUGAAGCGGUAGCUUCGCAAAUUUCGAUUUUAAUUCGUACAAAUUAUUCAAAUCCACCUGCGUUUUGUAGUCGUGUUGUUGCAAAGCUCCUUACGGACGAAAAUAAAAAAAAAGAAUGGUUAAAAACUAUACUCGAAAUGGUGGAUCGUAUUAAGAAAAUGCGGAAAGCAUUGACCAAUAAACUCAAAGAGCUGGAAACUCCCGGUACAUGGGAUCACAUUGAAAAACAGCGUGGAAUGUUCUCAUUUUUGGGAUUGCCACCAAAUCAAUGUUAUAAAUUGUUAAAAGAGAAGCAUAUUUAUUUGCUAAACUGCGGACGCAUAAAUGUCUGCGGAUUGAAUUUAAAUAAUAUUGAUUAUGUGGCCAAAUCGAUUGACGAAGUAGUUAGGCAAGCGGUCAGUUUGCGUUAACAAAAUGAUCAAUUUAAAUGCCAUAAACGCGUCAGAAGACGAAGACCAGAUGUAGAUAAAUUAGUUGUUAUCAAGAUUUUAAAGAAUAAGGUCAGAAUAUAUUUAUUGUUUUCCCUCA